AUGGCGAUAUUGGACAAUAACAGCCAUCGCUUUUGGGGACCACAUCUAUAUUAUGUGGCUAACGUUAAGGAAAACACAUCCAUCCGGCUGCAAAACCAGAUUUAAUAUCUGCACAGUGCGCGAGCGUCGCUGCGACCGGGAGGGUGAUUUUCCAGCCUUUUCACGCGAUGACAGUUUAGACUAAACGCUGGUGUGACGUGUGAACAGACACCAUGGCCACACAAGAACCGUCCCCUCCCUCAUCCAUGGAGAGCAAUAAACCCGGCUUCCCCAAGAAGAUCCUGGGCAACAAGCUGGAGGACAAGCACCUGUGCAACUGCUGUCAUAAUAUUCUCCGACGACCCUUUCAAGCCCAGUGUGGACAUCGCUUCUGUUCCUACUGCUUCAACAGGACUGUCAGUAAUGGACCCCAGAAAUGCAACGCUUGCAUCAAAGAGGAUAUUUUUGAAGAACCUACGUCAAUUCUGAAGCAGGGAUGUGCUUUUCCUGACAAUGCUGUUCGAAGGGAGGUUGAAAACUUGUUAGCUGUUUGCAUCAAUGAAAGUUGCACAUGGAAAGGCAGUAUUAAAGAAUAUGAGCAGAACCACGAGGGGAAGUGUGAGUUCAUGAUCAUCCCCUGCCCCUCCUGUAAAGAACGAAUCCGCUUCAAUGAACAGGAGCGCCAUAAUGAGCGAGAGUGCCCGGAGAGAACACUCAACUGCAAGUACUGCAAGGAACCAUUUCACUUCAAAAAUAUCAAGGCGCAUGAUGAGAUCUGUCCCAAGUACCCGAUGAUCUGUGAAGGCUGUGCCAAGAAGAAAAUACCCAGAGAGAAGUAUGUGGACCAUAUCAAGUUUUGCAGUAAAUUCAGAACUCCAUGCCGAUUUCAUGUGGUUGGAUGUGACAUGUCUGUGGAGAAAGAAAAGAUUCAUGACCACGAGCGUGCCUAUGCCUACGAACAUCUCAACCUGCUGCUACACUACAUUAUGGGCAUGAAAGUGAGCAUGGAGGGCCUGCAGCCCCAGGGACUGGAAAUAGCUGGACACAAACUGGUGGAACUCCAGCAGUCCCUCAGGGAGCUCGAGGCCAGAGUCUCCCAGCUCAGCACCACCUCUGGGCCUCCCGUGCAGGGAGCAGCCGCCUCCUCUUCAUCCUCUAGUUCUGGACCACCCGGACCACCUGUUUCAGCCCCUCUCCCUCCACCUCCCACUCUGGCUCCCACUCUCUCUGUGUCUACAUCCUUCACACCCCUGCCCAGCUCUGUGGGAGCAGCUCUGGAGCUCCAACUUCACAGUGAGAAGACCAAGGUGGCCGAACUGGGCCGGCGGUGCACAGAACUGGAAGUUAAAUCUGGGACGUUUGAAAAUGUGGUGUGUGUCCUGAACAGAGAGGUGGAGAGGUUUGCGACCACCAUGGAAGCAAGCAACCGUCAGCAUAAACUGGACCAGGAUAAGAUUGAAGCGCUCAGUAAUAAGGUGCGACAGCUGGAGAGAACAGUGGGACUAAAGGACCUUACAGUUGCUGAGAUGGAGGGCCGCCUAAGGGAAAUGUCCGCCACUACUUUCGAUGGCGUCUUUGUCUGGAGGAUCUCUGACUUUGCUAAAAAGAGACAGGACGCCAUCGCAGGUCGAGCCCCUGCCAUGUUCUCACCAGCCUUCUAUACCAGUAAGUACGGCUAUAAGAUGUGUCUGCGGAUUUACCUGAACGGAGAUGGGACAGGACGUGGCAGCCACUUGUCCCUGUUUUUUGUGGUGAUGAGGGGACUGAGUGAUGCGCUGCUCAAAUGGCCCUUCAACCAGAAGGUGACUCUGAUGCUGCUGGACCAGAGUAACAGGGAGCAUAUCAUUGACGCCUUCCGCCCUGAUGUCACUUCCUCCUCCUUCCAGAGACCUGUGAGCGAGAUGAACAUCGCCAGUGGCUGUCCACUCUUCUGCCCUCUCUCCAAACUUGACACCAAGAACUCCUACAUCCGCGACGACACCAUCUUCAUCAAGGCGAUAGUAGACCUCACCGGCCUUUAGACGAUACCACACGGUGGUACAGUUUGGCAACCAGGCAGCUCUUUGACCACUAUGGCUUUAUUUUGGCUCAGUCAUGGUCCUUUUAGGGCUCUGUUCAGGCAUCUUACUGUCCCCUGCAGCUUAAGGGAGGCAAACAUGCUUGCGACUGUAUGCUGCAUAUGGCUGCAGUUUGCUACGUCCAGACGGCGCUGGCAUUGUCAUACUCGGUGGGACCUAAGAGAAAACCACCAUCAUUGCUGUACAUUUUGGGUGCAAAACUUUCAGGAGUUUUUCUUUUUGCCGUCACAACACCAGUCCCGUGGUGAUACAAUGUUACUUCAGGUCUGCACACAAGUUUUCAGUUCCAAGGCACAGAAGUAAGCGCCAGUGCAGCAUGGUCAGUGCAGUGAUUAGUAGAAGCACAGUGGUGAGGAUGAAAUAAAAAAGAGCGAACAGUACCUUUCAUCAUCUCCUAUAUUUGAAGACGUGCAAUGUUACAGAACAUGCAGACUGUGUUAGAACAGGAUUGUAGUUUAUGGAUAGUAGAUGUGAUCAUUCUGAUGUCACCGUAGACAGCUGGCUUAUACUAGAGUUAGAGUGGCUUGAUGCAGUUUUUGCUUUUUCCUUGCAGAUUGUGGAUAUUGUGAGCUUCUCAAUUCCAGUGUUGAGUGAAUUUGCAUAGACAAACGUGGAGUUAUGUUAUGAAUAAGAUUACAGGCAUUUUUUGCGCAAAGUGCAUGCCGCUUGCGUUUUAAGUAUAAAGUUGCUCCUCAUUUUGAUUGAGUUUUAAGAAGGUUCUUUGUUUGUUGUUGAACUUGUUUGUGAAUUAGCCAUCCGUGAUGGUGGACAUUGCCUGCAUGUCUUUCGAACCAGGCUAUUUUACAUGUAAAGUUAGUGUUGCGUAUUUGUUCCUAUUAGGGGUUGGUGGUUCUGAUUGGUGGUUUGGUACAUCUGUGGAAGAUACAGUGGAGUUACCAAGGAGUCAGGGCAGCUUGCCAGUCAAGCCUGAGGCAUAAAAGCUUCAUGUGUUUUUGUCUCUGACAAACAUACAUAGCUCGAGUUUUCCCCAGGAUAUGCUCACUAGCUCACAUCUCAACACAUAGUACUGUGCCCCACCACAGAUUGAGGUCAAUACAGAUUCCACAAAAUGAAGGAAUUGUUUGUUCCUUGUUUUCUGUCCAUACUGUAUACAGUGCAUACAUGUAUGUGUUUCUGCUGCUCUAAGAUAGAAUACUGAUGUGAAUUUACUAUAUAUGUUGGUGCAGUUAUACAUGAAGUACUUGUGAGGUUGAGAGACUGAAAUGAGGUAUCAAAAUUUGAGACUGUAAAACAUUGUUGUAGGUCAAAGGCCAUUGUUGAUAUUAUUUAUUGCAGAUUCAGUGGAGCCCCAGACAAAUCUAUAAAGUGUUUUAGCAAUACUAGUGUGCUCCAAGUAAUUUCUAAUAAGGCAUCUCAAAUAUCGUACUAACACAAAAUCUACAGUUUGGCUCAAUCUAAGAUGUUUCUGUAAUUUUUCCAUGUGUCCACCAGAGAUUGCUGUUCUACUUACUUAGCAUGCAUGCUGAGGUUUUUAAGGUUCACGCUGGCCUGUUUGAAAACCAGUCUCGACCUGUAUUGAAACCUCUCUGUGCAUGGGAGGCUUCAAUUCACAUUCACUAUAGAGUUUCACAUUGGUUUACCCUGUGGGCCACGUGUGAAAGCAUUUACUUGUAUUUGUUUGGAUGAAAAUAUGUAAUCAUAGAAUAGUUAUUAUGUUAUAUCCGGCUGAGUGUCUGUUCAACAGACUGCCAGCCUAUAUUCAUAGCAAUUUAUAAAUAUGUAUCUUUCAUAUCAUAAUGUUGAAAUAAUCUAUAUAUCGAUGUUAAUAUACACAAAAUGUUAUAAUGAACAUAGUAUUACUGAAUACCUUAUUAAUUCUAUAUCUAUAUACCAACUUUUUGUUUGUCAAGAUGGUUUGAACAGGCCAGGACAACCCCUUUGUGCAGUAAGGACUUAUUAAUGCUUCUUGAGUGCAAUAUAUGAUUAUGUCUGUUAGAUUUUAAUGCCAUUUUGGCUGUAAGGGUUUACAGAGGUCACACGUGACUUUUUUGUUGCCAUUUCAUUACACCACUCAUCAUAGCGCUGAAUAACGGAUUUUGAACUUUCCAAGGAAAUACAGUACUUUCCUCGUCAUUUUUUCACACACUACUUUGACAUCACUACCGUGAGAAUCACUAGCUACUCAUGAAACUUACAAAGUGAACUGAUGUUUUAAAAAAAGACCAUUUUAAUAUUAGGAAAUUCAUUCUACAUAGAGUCAGUGUGUUUCUAUUCUUAACUUAAAACCAUUCAAUGAAAAAUGGAGCAUGUAAUAAGUAGAAUUACAUGAACUUUUUAAACCUUGAGUGUUCUUGUAAUGUGCCAAAAUGAAAUAUUACCUCCAUGUACUAACAAUGUUGUAUAGCAAGUUUUAAUUUAUGUUCUAUGCUAAAACAUGGUGCCAAAUAUGUUUAUAUUUCAGUUUGUGAAGUGUGUAUGGCUGUGUGAGUGUCCGUGUGUGGGUGUCAGUGUGGGUGUGGGUGCGUGUAAGUGUGUGUGUGUGUGGGGUUGCAUGGAUGUCACUGCGGUAUGAUGCAUGGGGUCAGUGCUCCUGGAAGCAACAGAGGAGAACAUUAAAACUAUCCCAUGAAACGGUCCUCAAACUUAAGACCCUCUCAAGGUUCUUUCAAGGUUCUUGAAUGUAAGCUUUACAGUAAACUACAGCAGUUCCAUCAUGUGUUGCUGUUGACUUGAUGAUACUUUAUUUGUGCACUUUGUAUCAGUUGUUUCUCAAAACAGGGUAUUUUGAGUGAUUUAUGUACCUUGAAAUCAGAGCCAUAUAUAUAUAUAUAUAUAUAUAUAUAUAUAUAUAUAUAUAUAUAUAUAUAUAUAUAUAUAUAUAUAUACAUUCUGACAUUGAUAAUUGAUCAUUGAUGUGAUUAUGCUAAAAAGAC